AACAGUUUCUCAAUCUACAGCCCUUAUUUGCUGCUACAUUCCCUUAUAAUGAAGGGAGUUGUCAGGAUGGCUGGUUGCCCUGUCCUUCACGCACUUGUUGCCGAAUGUUUUGGCAACCUAAUUCCAGUAACUUUACUAGUGCACUGCACACUCCAGCUAUAGUCAAGAUGGUUACCACUAUUGGUUGAUCUUUCCUUCACCCUGCUUGCUUUCUCAAAGUACGAAAGGUUUAGGUCGUGGUUGCACUGCACACUCCAGCUAUAG